UCUACCGACUGGCAUUCUUUCAAGGUCAGUUACUUGCAAAAUGAAAGCGAGGUGUUUUACGCGAGUCCCUUCUCUUUAUGUUUCUGUUUUGUUUCGUUAUCAGAUUUCCUCGCUUUUUGCCCUUGCGUUUUUCUAACCUCAGAUGUGGAUUUUGUUUUAAAGGGAACAUGCUUUCACUCUGGAUUGACUUUACUGACGGGUACUUUGCCACUUCAGCAGGACUGCUGUAGCUACUGUUUAAGUGUUGCAAAAAAGGCUGCCAUUAUCUCUGCUAAUACAGAAGAAUGGAUGCUUCCUGCAGUAAAGAACAGCUUAGGAGGAUACACUGGAAAAGAGCAUGCUGCAUUAGAAGUCAUGAAGAACAAAAGACGUCUCAAGAGAAAACACUAAUGACUCACUAUGAACAGAACUUCAAGGAACUAAAAACAAUGUUGUCAAACUAUUCAAACAUAAACUUAUAUAGAGUUACAAAGUUUUAUAAACAACGAUUGACUGAUGCAAUAUAUCCCUUCUGCGACUGCAUAGCUUUUGCUCUUGACAGUAAACAUCUGCCAGAUGAAAACUACAAGGAUGUUAUAUCUUUGUAUGAUAAAAAUCAGAAACGUGAAGCUGCUCACUACCUCAUGGACACAGUUAUUGCAAAGAAAAAUUGUGACACCAUUAUGGAGAUGUGGGAGUACAUUCUGCUAGCCAGCACAAAGAGCAUCAAAUUGAAAAAUCUUCUGACUGAGAUGCAAAUGAAAGGGAAUAAUGUACUGUCUGAUGCCCAACUAAAGGAAUUUGGAGUAAAAGAUAUUCCAGAUACACUGAGAGAUUGCGUUAAAGAACACAAAAACGUCCUCGCUGAGAAGAACAAAGAAAUACAAGUAAACACCAUUCUAGGAAAAGAGACAAUAAACAUUUUUCCACUUGAGGAUAAUUUCAUAGAACUCAUAGUUGUAUCUGCAUCUGAAGAGAGGAGACUUAAGGAAGAUGAACUGUUGUCCCGAGGCAAAGAACAUGAGAAGUUAUGUCAGCAGGUAGUACAAAACGAAAGGGAGACUGUCAGAUAUGAUGAGAUUUUUGGGAGCAGUUUUGGUAAUAAAUGCAAUGCUAGAUUGGCUGUAAUCAGUGGCGUUGCAGGGAUUGGGAAAUCCACCUUGGUACAAAAGAUUGUUUUUGAAUGGGCCAUAGACAGAAUUUAUGAGCAAUUCCACUUUGUUUUUCCAUUUAAAUUCAGAGAUUUAAACAGGCUGACAAACAUAAGUAUCCAUGACAUGAUUCUGCAUUUCUACCCAUAUCUGAAACUGCAUUUGUCAACGAUUUUAAUGAAACCAGAACAAGUACUGUUUAUUUUUGACGGCUAUGAUGAAUUUAAUAGUCCAAUCCAUGCUAGGAGUGAGCUGGACAUUCAGUUUGAUAAGGCUGCGUGUCAGUCUGCAGCAUGGAGCUGUUCUACCACGGACAUUGUCAGUAGUCUUCUCCAGGAAAAACUGCUGAAAGACUGCUCCGUAUUGAUUACAACCCGACCAACAGCGCUUCAGUUUCUCCAUAAAGUUAAUAUUCAUCUGCAUUUAGAGGUAAUGGGAUUCAGUGAAGAGCAAAGAAAAGAAUAUUUUCAUAAAUUUACUGGAGACACCAAAACUAGUGAGAAGAUGUUUAAGUACGUUGAAGAAAAUGACAUCCUAUAUACCAUGUGCUAUAAUCCUGCCUAUUGUGCGAUCAUCUGUUCUUCCCUGGAGCCAGCAUUCAAAUCAGAAAGGGAACUCCAAACACCAGUCCUCAAAACUGUAACACAGUUAUAUUCAAACUUUAUUUACAAUAUCCUAAAACAUCACAACAGAGAGCAUGGGGAAUCUCAAAAGGUUUUAGAAAAUUUGGGGGAUAUGGCAUUCAUGGGAGUGCAGGAUAAAGUUAUUGUAUUUGAUGAAAAUCUUUUGUCUCGUUUUAGUCUUGAGCCUUCACAGUUUCUCUCUGGCUUUCUAAUGGAGAUAUUUUCCAGAGAUGAAUCUUGUCAAAAUAUUAUCUACACCUUUUACCACCUCACUAUACAAGAGUUUAUCGCUGCAUUAGUGAAGUCCACACCCAAUCCAUUAGAAGACAUCACAUCACUGUUAGAUAAAGCUGCAGAGUACAAAGACGGGCGAUGCGAGGUAUUCCUGCGAUUUAUUGUGGGACUAAGCACUACAGAACAUAAAUUAGAGGAAUUCAUUAGAGAAAAGACACAGACUACAGUUAAUAAAGUAAUUGACUGGGUGAAAAGUAAAUUGCAUGCUAACUCAACAGGCAGGCAAUUACUGAAUGCAUUUCAUUACCUCUUUGAAACUCAGAAUAAAGAACUGACUGAGAGUAUAAUGAAGGACAUAAAAAGCAUCGAGUUACAGAAUAUAACCUUGUCGCCAGUGGAUUGUUAUCUCAUGUUCUCUUUGUUGAGCCACUGUGAUGAGAUAGCUGUCCUGAACAUUAAGGACUGUAAUAUCCAACCAGAGAGUUUAAAGAAACUGCAGCCAGUACUGAGAAACUGUGGAUUACUCCGCUUGCAGGGAAACAACAUUGGAGAUGAAUCAGUGAAGUGGUUGUCUGAAGAUCUACAAAAGACAGACUGUAAAAUACAUUCUCUGGAGCUAGAAAAUAACAAAAUUGGACACUUAGGUCUGAAAUAUUUGUCUGAAAACUUGAAGUCCUGCACACUUAAAGAACUGAGGCUAUGCAGUAAUAACAUAGGAGAUCAAGGAAUAUGUUGUCUGUCUGACGCCUUACAAAGUCACUACUGUAACAUAACACGUCUUGGCUUAUCACUUUCUGGCAUUACAUCUUCAGGGAUGAAACAGCUGUCUGAAGCCUUGAAGCAUCCUAAUUGUAAAAUAAAAAAACUCUGGUUAAAUGGCAAUAACAUUGAAAAUUCUGGGGUGAAAUAUCUGUCAGAUGCUCUGUUGACCUCGCAGUGCAAACUAGAGUUUCUUAGCAUGUGCAAUGUUGGAAUGGGAGAACCAGGAAUUAGAGAUCUAUCUGACACCUUGCAAAGACCCUUCUGUGAUUUAAGUGAACUGUACAUUAAUGGCAACUAUAUUACAGCUUCAGGAGUGAAGUAUCUGGCUGAAGCCCUGCAAAGUCCGUGUUGUAAAUUGCAGACACUUACGCUAUGUGAAAGUAAAGUGGAUGAUCCAGGAAUGAAAUGUCUGUCUGCUGCCAUAACUGAUUUAAACUGCAGAUUAAAACAGCUGGACCUAAGAGUGAAUCAGAUUGGAUCGUUAGGAAUGGAACACUUAUGGAAGGCCAUGAAGAGUCACCCAUGCAAGAUUGAAGAUCUGAAGUGA